AUGAGCCAUCCUUUACCGCCCGCAACCAUGGACUUCCGCUUCCUUGAUCUACCCGCCGACAUCAGACUCAUGGUUUACGAGUUCCUACCGACAUGUCUUACGCACAACGAGAUCACUAUCGAGACGGACAAUGAGAGCGGACGUCUCAAGAUGAAAACCACAAAAGUUAAGCUCGUUAGCAUUUGGUAUCCCACCACCGUACGCCUUGUCUCCAAGAUCAUCCGAGAAGAAGCUACACCAAUCAUUGCGCGCACUGCGACGAAGCGCAACAGCGCACUAGUAGUCGGCGGCUUUUCCAAGAUGUCGCGAUCGGGCCCUAAACUCAUUGUCCUAUGUGGAGAUCUGGAAGUCAUUGCGCGCAAGCAAGGACCUCUUGAGGCAGCUUCGGAGUUUCUGACCUGGCCCGAGAGUUCGGCUUCGGAUCCAAAUAGCUCGGCUAUAAUCAACUGGGCGCGUCACGACAAGAUAGUCUGA